UUCUUGAAGUUGCCUUCUAUGAGUCGAACAGUCGCUGUUGCCUAAUCAAACCGGUAAGCGCAAGUGAAAGCGGCUAGACCGAAAGCUUCGAGUUCUGUUUCUUCACACACGAAACAGACAGUGACACUCACUGCGAUUGGCAAAGACUAGUCGCCAGCUCUAUUUGCUAGCUAAUAUAACACGUCCUCCGCAUACCGCCACUUGGUCGGCUUUUCCAGACCCUCAUCGCAUAUUCAACCUCAACUGACGGAGCACCCAUCACCAUCACCCAAAUGUCAAUAUCAAACGGCGGGCUUCCAAGUCUAUGCGCGAUGGCUCCAGAUGGAAGCGCGCAUCACAGCAGUGUGUCCAGCUCCGACCAUGUUCACGGUUACUGGGAGCGAUACGAGCAGCUAAAGUACAACGACGUUGUAAAGAAUUGCCUGUUCGAGGAUGUCAUUACACGCUACGAGAAUCUAAUGCUGAAGCACACCGAGUACGUCAAGGAGCACCAGUCCGAGCGCGCGCAAGCGAAGGAAGCGCUCCAGCGUGAGCAGAGGGCCAUUACCAACGUCGCGCAUCUGCAAAACCUUCUGAACCGCGAUCCGUUCAUCCUGGUCCUCUUGGACGGUGACGGCAUGAUCUUCAACGCCAACUUUCUUCGCGAAGGCGAGACAGGUGGCGAACACGCAGCGACCGUGCUCCAUAGCACCGUGCAAGAAUGGGCGGCUGUCAGUAUCGUCGACUGUCCCUCAGAUGUCAAAGUCAUUGUGCGCGUGUAUGCAAACAUCAAAGACUUGGCUGAUGUUUGCACGAAGGCUAGCAUACUCACGUCUACAGUCCAGCUCGAAGAGUUUGCUCGUGGCUUCACUCGUGGCAAGACAUUGUUCGACUUCGUCGAUGUCGGCUACGGCAAGGAUAGAGCUGACGGCAAGGUAGCGGAGACCUUUAAGCUCUUUCUCUACGACUACCAUUGCCGUCAAAUUCUAUUCGGUUGCUCUCACGACAACGGCUACGCGCGCCUGCUGGAACAGUACACGGAUUGUUCGCAAGCCGCUCAACGCGUGACGCUCUUGGAGGGCGUCCCAUUCGAAAAGGAAUUGGCUGGAAUGCCCUUUCCGAAACUGAAGUACAGUGGCAUCUUUCGCGAAACCAAGAUCAACGUUGCACCUCCAGAUUCAUUGACCGGAAUGACACGCCGCGUGGACUCGCGCGGCCUCAACGCUGCCAGCAGCAUUUUCACUCCUCGUACGGCUACGCCCCUUUCUCCGUACAAAACGCCUAGCAGUGGAAUACCACAACUGGACGGCGCCCUGGCUCAGCGGCUCCCACACCUCCGCACUAUGUCAGUCACCUCGUCUGGUAAUACCUCUGACUCUGGUGGAGCCGUCAGCAGCUGGGCCGCAAUAACUCGCGCAUCCGCUGAUCGACCUCUGACAGAUAUCAAGCGCACACCCUCCGGAAGCACCGUUGAGCUUGGUAGAAACACGGAGAUACAGCGCAAUCGCCACGGCCACCGAAUUGACGAGCCUCUGGACUACGAUCGCGACGAGGUACAGCGUCUCAAGAAGUACAAGAUGUGCAACCAGCAUUACAUUGGAGUAGGCUGCUGUCACUUCAACGCUGGCAAGUCGGACAAAUGCCCGCACCGUCACGACGUGAAGCUCACACAGCAUGAGCUGUAUGUGCUGCGCAUGGUAGCGCGAGAGACACCUUGCAAGAAAGGCUUGUAUUGCGACGAUACCAAGUGCAUCUAUGGACACCGCUGCCCGUUCCCUAGGGCGACUGAGGGCGGCUUGAGAGGUAGCGGUAUGUGCCUGAACGGUGAGCAUUGCAGGUUCGGCAGGGCCAUGCACGAGGUUGAUAUCAAGAUCGUCAAGACCGUCAGGGCUGUGGGCGCGUUCUAGUGCUGCUGCCUUGCAGACAAAGCGGACAAGAUCGUCGCAGGAGCAGAUACUCGCCAUUGAUACAUAGUCAAUGUACUCUCCCCACUACAGUGCCAUGAGCUGGCUCCCCUCCAUGAGACUGGACGCAAGUUAGGGCCGGCAGCCUUCGAAGUUGGCCGCAGCGAGUGCUCGGAGCGUCUCAGUCAGUGUCCUGCGAGACUGGCAUUUCAACAUGCAGGGCGAGAGUGUACCCUGACUGUCUGAGGUUGGCGACUCCACCAGACAUCGUUUUUGUUUGAUGCGACCCACCGGCGUCUGAAGUUGGCGUGCCGGUAAUUGCCUAUCGGCCUAUCUUCUUACAUAUUGAGUUAGUCGCAUCUUCUCCCGGCCGAGAAGCACUCAACCCUACCCUCCUUCGAAUAGUAACGGCAGGCAAGUGUACA